CGAGUAGUAUGUUGAGUACUGGCAUGCAAGAGAACGGCUUGGGAACAACAUAUCUCAAGUGCUUACAACAAAAUACACUUAUCAGCAAUGAGCGUGUCAAUUACAAUCCGCCUCUACCCUUCCAAGCUGGAGAGGAAAGUGGAAAGUGCCAACAGCCAGCAAUGUGUCGGGUGUUGUGUAGUGCAUUCAGUUAAUGAGGCUCAUUAUUAAUAUGGCAACGAUAUGUUAACGUCGGGAGCCAUGAGGAGCAGGCCUGCUGCAAAGGGAAUUUACACGCGCUGCCCUGUCAUCAGGAAGAUCAAAGAACAGUCUCCAGUUCUCUCCAGUGGCAGUCGCCAUAAUGUGUUAUGAGUUAUUGGUGGAGUGGCAAACUGAUCCGUUUCCUGGCCGCCCGAUCGCUGGCUUGUCAGCAGCUGACAGCACCAUGUCACAGCAAUUUGCUCGAUCUGUAGGUGUUCCAUGUCAACUUCAGCGUCUCAUGGCAUCCCAUGGCAUCGCAUCGCCACCAACCCGAGAUGUCAGUGUAAUGCCCUCUGACAGCCACUCAGAUUGAAUGCUCAAACACAAACUAAACUAAACUGGAUACUAUUUAGCGCUAGAUUUAUUUCGGGCAUUAAAUAGAGAUCGCAUUUCAGGGACAGAGUACCCCCAUUCCCCCAGCGAGUCGGCGAGAAGUGCACUUAAGUGACUCAAGGGGACAGGCGCCGGAUGUGCGCAAUCAUUGCCCUGUCCUCCUGCCCAUGUUCCAUGUCCCAGUCCCAGUCCCUUAGCUGGAGAAAAGUGCAAGUUAUAAAUACGAGUAGAUACAGAUACAAUCCAUGGAGUGGGAGUAUCACGGUGUAUGGGUAAUUUCCCAAAACGAUUUCUCCAGCCCUCCAGAUAAGAUUAGAUUAUGUGGCCAGCAGAGCACCAUCGAAUGCGGGGAAUAGGCAAAUUAGCCAACCAUAUCCAACCAUCAUAACCAUAGCCAUGGGCCAAAUGUCAUCAAACAGCGCACAGCCAUCAGCACAAUGCGACGUCCGCUCUCGCCGACACUGGCCAAGCUGGCCGAGAAGGAGGUGAACGAGACGCCAGACCGCAUCCAGCAGGACAUCAUUAUCCUGCGCGUGUGGAUACGCCAGCAGCCGCAUCUGCGUGCCCGCACCGACGACGACUUCCUGAUUGCCUUUCUGCGUCGCUGCCGGUACAGCCUGGAGCAGACCAAGCGGCGCAUCGAUCGCUACUUUACCCACUACAACCUCUUUCCGGAGAUCAUGAACAAUCGGUGUGUGACCCAGCGACUGCUGGACAUCAACCGCUUGGGAGUCUGCCUAUAUCCCGAUAUGCCCAAGGGCGACAGUCGCACUGCGCUGUUCAUCGCUCGUUUUGGCCACUUCGAUCCGAACCUCUAUAUGCUGCGCGAGAUCUAUCACUUCACCUCGAUGGCCAUGGAGAUUGUUGCCUUGGAGAAUGAUUAUGCCUCGCUGGCGGGCAUUUGUGAGAUAAUCGACUUGGAGGGCGUCAGCUCGGAUAAGAUGCGACGAUUCGACAAGGUUCUCUUUCGGAAAUGGUGGAACUGGCUCUACAACUGCGGCCCGCUGAAGGUGAAGGAAAUGUACAUCAUCAACAUGCCCAAGGAUAUACAAGGAACGAUCAUGUUCCUCUACAAUAUUCUCAGCAUGCAGGUUAACUAUCCGAUACGCGUCCUGAAGUCUAGUGAGGAGCUGAUCGAGCAUAUUGGCAAAGAGACGCUGCCGGAGGAGUAUGGCGGCACCAAUGGUCAUAUGGGCGAGUGCAUGGCCUACAUGGAGGACCUGUUGAACAGCUAUCGUGGCUACUUUGACCAGGACUGCCACUACGGGACCAUCGAGGAGCUGCGACACGACGAGGUUACCCAUUACGAGGCAGAGUUCGGGGCCAGCGGCUCCUUUCGCAAGUUGAACUGGGAUUGACAUUGACCCAGAUCGAGACCCAGAGAACUCUCUGCGGGGACACCUCCGGAUAUCCCCACACGUAAACGCCAGCGUAUCUAUAUCCAAGCUCUGGUGUAGUCAGUCGAUCAAUUAAAGAUAACACAAACUUAUCGCCUA